UGAAAACAGAAGAGGGCUGUCUUGUGAGAAAAGCCGAUACCAGGGUGGUUAUUGUCUGCUGCGGAGCCGAAAUUGAAACGAAAGUCUGGAGUGGAGCGAUCAAGGGUUUGGGCGAAUGCUAAUUUAACCACUACCAUCAUUCUUCUAAUCUUUUUAUGAAGUCUAUACCUAGCUAACUGGACCACAUGUUUACAAGAUUAAUUGAUAACAAAAAGCCGGAGCUUGGUUUGGGUCGAUUCUGCAAGCGGUUGCCUGUCUAUUCGCAACGGACGGAGGGACAAACCCUUGUGUGUGGCUCCUGCAGAAGAGAGACGAGUUUAGCGAUAGCAAAAAGGUUAAGGGGUUAUCUUGGCCGCUUAACGCUAGCAAGCCACUGGGACUGCUGCUCUGAACACCAUCAUCCAAAUCUGAUACUGCGGGACGCUUGAGGUUCGUGUCUAACGUUAUCUGAGAGCGGAAAAUGAACCACCUGUCGCUGAGCGAGCUGUGCUGCCUGUUCUGCUGCCCCCCCUGCCCCAGCAAGAUCGCCUCCAAGCUGGCCUUCCUGCCCCCGGACCCCACCUACACGCUGAUCUCGGACGAGAGCGGCUCGCGCUGGACGCUGCACCUGUCGGAGCGGGCGGACUGGCAGUACUCCGCGCGCGAGAAGGACGCCAUCGAGUGCUUCAUGACCCGCACGUCCCGCGGGAGCCGCAUCGCCUGCAUGUUCGUGCGCUGCUCGCCCAACGCCAAGUUCACGCUGCUGUUCUCGCACGGCAACGCCGUGGACCUGGGCCAGAUGAGCAGCUUCUACAUCGGCCUGGGCUCCCGCAUCAACUGCAACGUCUUCUCCUACGACUACUCGGGCUACGGCGCCAGCUCGGGGAAGCCCUCCGAGAAGAACCUGUACGCCGACGUGGACGCCGCCUGGCAGGCCCUGCGGACGAGGUACGGGAUCCGGCCGGAGCACGUGAUCGUGUACGGGCAGAGCAUCGGCACGGUGCCGUCGGUGGACCUGGCCGCGCGCUACGAGAGCGCCGCCGUCAUCCUGCACUCCCCCCUCACCUCGGGCAUGAGGGUGGCCUUCCCCGACACCAAGAAAACAUACUGCUUCGACGCCUUCCCCAACAUCGACAAGAUCUCCAAGGUGACGUCGCCGGUGCUGAUCAUCCACGGCACGGAGGACGAGGUGAUCGACUUCUCCCACGGCCUGGCGCUGUACGAGCGCUGCCAGCGGCCCGUGGAGCCGCUGUGGGUGGAGGGAGCCGGGCACAACGACGUGGAGCUCUACGGACAGUACCUGGAGCGACUCAAACAGUUUGUGGCGCACGAGCUCGUCAACUUGUAGAAGGACCCCCUCCCCCGCUCCCUCUCCCCGCACAUUCGACAACUGUGAACUUUUCAUGGAUGUUACGUUUUGGGUUUUUUUUUCCUCUCUCUGCUCGUUUAGGUUUUUUAUUUUAUUAUUAUUGUUAUUAUAGAUAUUUUUUUAAUUGUCGUUUUUGUUUUUCUUUGUAAUUGCAGUGUGGUAGAGCGACGGAAACCGGUAAGCCUAAAGCAAAUCCGCUUGCGAGUCACGUUUGCUGCCUUUAUAAAAACAACCGAAACAAAACCCAGGUGGUGAUUUGCGGGCAUUUUUGCGAUGACUGUUCAAUGCCAGUGUGACGGGGCGACGCUUAACGAUCAGUCCGCCAAGUUACCCAACACUCAUUGUGUUCGGAUGUUUUUUAUUUUCGUUUUUGUUCGUUUUCGUUUACUCCUUUUUAAACUAAUGAUUUUAAGUGUAAAUGUUGGAAAUGUAAAGGCGUACUGUACAAAACGUUGACUCUGACUGUGCCAGUGUUGCCAAAUGUUCAGCAUAUCGAGAAGCCGAUUUGUACGAAAAUGUUUUUAGAACAUCUCAAAUAAGCUGUACAAUUGUUCUUUUCCCCACAGAUUUUAUGUAUGGAAGACUCAUCUGUCAACUGAUAGUUUACAUUUUCUGUUUAGUUUUUUUUUGUCUUCAGACCACUAUGAAAUGCUGGAUUAUAAUAAUAAUAUAAUAAAACGGCUCUUAACAUUUACAGAAGAAUCUUAUUUCUAGCCAUUUUUUAAAAUGAUCUAUAAAAUAUUAAGUACCAAAUUUGGUUAGUGUCUGUUACCUCUAUUGCUCAAGUGUUAGUUUGCCUAGGCCUAGUUAGGAGAUGUGGUCGAAGAAUGCUGAAGCUCAUGUACAGGUCUUGUUAGAUGAAGCUGAAUAAAGCGUCUGCUUGGUGAGGGGAAGAAGCUGAUCUCGGCUGUUUACUGCGUCCAAGCCGAGGACGAACGCCCUCUCGCUCUUCAUCCUUUUAAACCUGUAAAUAAUGUUUGUACUUGAUCUUUCUUAUUUAUAUAUAAAUAUAAUACUUUCACCUGUAUUAUUUAUAUAUAAAUAUAACCUUUUCCUGUGUAUUAUUACUACUAUGACUAUAGUUAUUAUAUUAUUACUAUUGUUAUUAUGCAUACAUAUUUGGUGAAUCCAUUUUAACUCAAGACAGAGUUGCACGGUUCGAUCUGACCAAUGUCAUUCUUAUUUUGUGUAAAACGCCUUUCAUUAUUGAAAGGGCUUAUUAAAUGUUAUCAUUAUAUAAUAGUUAUUAUGAUUUUAAAAAGCAAAUGGCUAUAGGAAAUAAAAUGUAUUUGACAGAAGGA